AUGUCUUCUUCAAAUAUCCUCACUCUAAAGCCUCUCUAUCGUUUAGAGGGUCUCUUCUUCGUAGACACUCUCCGCGAAUUAGAGGCUUCCCAAGUUACCAUUAUACUACAGAAAUAG